AGCGAGGAGGGGAGACGUGCAGUUUCUAGCUGUUAAUGUGAGGAUUCGGAGCAGUGAUGACACGCACGAGGAGAAGCGAGUGAUAACGUGGCAAAAGGUGGGGAGAGGCUGUGUCAUUGUUGGAGAGCUGGGAUAUAAAUAUAUUGUACACACACACACACACACAUGCGUACAGAGGAAGAGAGUGACUGGUGCGGCAACAGGAACCACAUGAGCAGCAGGGAGGAGUCGCGAAAGGAGAGGCGUCACGGCAGAUAAAACUCCACGCCCCUCGCUGCCGAGCAUCCAUUUACUGAGCAGCUGAUGUCUGCUGCUUCACUCAGCAGUAACAGAAGACAGCGAGGAAAAAAAUACAACAGAGCUCUGGAGCUACCGCUGGAUUUUUAAUGGGGAAUAGGCAGCAACCUCUCCUCAGGAUGGAGCAUUUAUGAGGAGGCUUGCUGUGCCAGUCUUGCAGGAAAUGUCCACAUACUUAGCCUUAGAGGGAAGGAGGAUUUCUAACAGAGUAGCUGACGCUGCUCUUUGUGGCAUGAAAACUGUGUGAGGAGCUCCAGGAGAAUUUCCUCCGAUUAACAGGAAAGCUUCAAUCUUCUUGCAGCUUUUUUUUUUCUUUGUUUUUUCUCUCCACGUGAUCCAACCUGUGGUUCCACAGGUCAAGGCGAAGUUUCAAACAUGACCGCCAUGCAAAAGCUGCUGCAGCUGCCGGUGAACGCGGUGAACAUGGUGAAGACCGUGCAAAGUCAGGUCCAAGGCCAGGAGGAGGACAAGAGCCCAGUGCUGACUCCUGAUAGCGGGCAGCAGGCUUGGUACAGCGCCCUGCAGCCUGAUGAGCUGCGCCACCUCCGAUCUGGAGGUACAGGUGGAGGAGGAGGAGGAGGAGGAGGAGGAGGUGACCAGGAGGAACGAGCCCCACUGGAGGAAGGAGGUGGAAGUGGUGGUGGAAGCAGUUUCCAAACUCAACCGCUGCGACAUGACGACUUGAAAGAGAUGCUGGACAGCAACAAAGACUCCCUGAAGCUGGAGGCAAUGAAGCGGAUUGUAGCUAUGAUUGCCCGAGGUAAAAAUGCAUCAGAUCUCUUCCCUGCUGUGGUGAAAAACGUGGCUUGUAAAAACAUAGAGGUGAAGAAGCUGGUCUAUGUUUACUUGGUGCGUUACGCUGAGGAGCAGCAGGAUCUUGCUCUGCUUUCAAUUUCCACGUUUCAGCGAGGUUUGAAGGAUCCGAACCAGUUGAUCAGAGCCAGCGCCCUGCGAGUCCUCUCCAGCAUAAGAGUAACAAUCAUUGUUCCAAUAAUGAUGUUGGCCAUCAAAGAAGCUGCUUCAGAUAUGUCUCCGUAUGUCAGGAAGACCGCAGCACAUGCAAUCCCUAAACUAUACAGUUUGGAUCCUGAACAGAAAGACCAGCUGAUUGAAGUCAUAGAGAAACUCCUCGCUGACAAAACCACGUUGGUGGCAGGAAGCGUUGUGAUGGCUUUUGAAGAGGUGUGUCCAGAGCGCAUUGAUCUGAUCCACAAGAACUACAGGAAGCUGUGUAAUCUCUUGAUUGAUGUUGAGGAGUGGGGGCAGGUCGUCAUCAUCAACAUGCUAACCCGCUACGCCAGAACGCAGUUUCUCAACCCAAACAUCAAUGAGUCCCUGCUGGAGGAGGGAGGCAGCGGUGAUAAAACCUUCUACGGCUCAGAUGAAGAUGAGGAUGAAGACGAAGAGGAGAAGGAGAAGAAGGCCGAGGUUGCUGCCAUGGCUAAGAGGAAGCCAUAUGUGAUGGAUCCAGACCACCGGCUGCUGCUAAGGAAUACCAAACCACUCCUGCAGAGCCGCAACGCAGCUGUGGUGAUGGCUGUGGCUCAGCUGUAUUUCCAUCUGGCGCCUAAAGCGGAGGUUGGUGUGAUUGCCAAGGCCCUGGUCCGUCUCCUGAGGAGCCACAGUGAAGUCCAGUAUGUUGUUCUUCAGAACGUGGCAACAAUGUCCAUUAAGAGACGGGGGAUGUUUGAACCAUAUCUGAAGAGUUUCUACAUCCGCUCAACAGACCCAACUCAGAUCAAAGUCCUAAAGCUGGAGGUUCUAACCAAUCUGGCCAACGAGACAAACAUUUCCACCAUCCUCAGAGAAUUUCAGACAUAUAUUAAAAGCAUGGAUAAAGACUUUGUGGCUGCAACAAUCCAAGCCAUUGGUCGCUGUGCUACCAACAUCAGCGAGGUGAGGGACACAUGUCUGAACGGUCUUGUGCAGCUGCUCUCCAACAGAGAUGAGUUGGUGGUUGCCGAGUCAGUGGUCGUUAUCAAGAAGCUGCUGCAGAUGCAGCCGGAGAAGCACAGCGACAUCAUAAAGCACAUGGCGAAACUGACCGACAACAUUCAGGUGCCAAUGGCACGGGCCAGUAUCCUGUGGCUGAUUGGAGAAUACUGUGAGCAUGUACCUAAGAUCGCCCCAGAUGUUCUGAGGAAGAUGGCCAAGUCCUUCACUAAUGAAGAGGACAUUGUGAAGCUUCAGAUCAUCAAUUUGGCAGCCAAGCUAUAUCUGACCAACUCCAAACAGACUAAACUGCUGACGCAGUAUGUUCUCAACUUGGCCAAAUACGACCAGAACUACGACAUUCGCGACCGGGCACGCUUCAUUCGCCAGCUCAUCGUGCCCACCGAGAAGAGUGGAGCCCUAAGCAAGUAUGCUAAAAAGCUGUUCCUCGCCCUCAAACCUGCACCCGUCCUUGAGUCUCCUUUUAAAGAUCGAGACCACUUCCAGUUGGGUUCACUCUCCCACCUGUUGAAUGCCAAGGCUGGGGGCUACCAGGAGUUGCCUGACUGGCCUGAAGCUGCCCCUGACCCCUCCGUGCGCAACGUGGAGGUGAAGGAGUCUGUUUUUACGCUGCUUGAAAGAGUCACAACAUUAACAAGUGUGCCUGAGUGGACCAAAUGCAGUAGCCGUGAGAAGAGGAAAGAGAAGAAAGUAGAAAAGCCGUUCUACACCGACUCAGAGGGAGAGUCUGGUCCUACGGAGUCUGCUGACAGUGAGUCAGACUCUGCCACUGGCUCGGAAAGCAGCAGUGGCAGCGAGGAGAGCGGGUCGGGAUCAGAGAGCGAAGAGAGCAAGGAAGCCUCCGAGUCUGAGGAAGAGGAGGAGGAGGAGGAAGAGGAAGAGAAGAAGAAAAAAAAGAAAGAUCUAAAGAAGCCAGUGCAAGAAAGCGAAAGUGAGCAGAGCAGCGAAGAAGAAGAGAGGAAGCACCAGAGGAAGAGUAAACCGCGCAAGAGCGAGUCAGAGUCUGAAUCUGACGAAGAUGAGGAAAGCGAGUCUGAAAGCAGCCAGUCGGAGUCUGAAGACUCCGAGUCAGAGGCUGAGGUCAAGAAGAAAAAAAAGCCGGCUGAAUCUAAACCUCCUCCCAAGCCUGUCAAGAAAGAGAGCAAGAAAGAAAAGAAAGAAAUGUCUCUGCUCGACCUUGAUGAUUUUGAACCUGCUCCCUCACCACAAGUCACACCCGUCAACACCUUCCUGUCCAACAGCCUCGUGACCGACCUGGAGGGGCUGUCUUUGUCUGACUCUGUCCUCUCCCCAGCAACCAUUGCUCCCUCCAGCACGCUGAAGAGCUACGAGCUGCUUCACCGGAUCACGGGUGAGGGUCUGUCGGUGGAGUACUGCUUCAGCCGGCAGCCUUUCAGCCCUGACGCCAACAUGGUGGCAGUGCAGAUGCAGUUCACCAACAACGCCUCUUCCGACACCAAGAACCUGCACAUAGAGGACGUGAAGCUCCAGUCUGGGAUGAGGGUCAAGGAGUUCCCAGAGAUUGAGCUACUUCCGGCAGGUGAGACAGCCACAGCCGUGAUGGGCAUCGAUUUCUGUGAUUCAACGCAAGCAGCAAACUUCCAGCUGUGCACUCACACCAGGAAAUUCUUCGUGUCGAUCCAACCACCGGUCGGGGAGCUGAUGAGGCCCGUCUUCCUGACAGAGAACGAGUUUAAAAAGGAACAAGGUCAGCUGAUGGGCAUGAACGAGAUCACAGAGAAACUAACUUUGGACGUCAAGUGCCGAAACGAACACACCAUCGUCCAGAGAGUGACCACCGCUGCCAACCUCAGCAGAGUGCCCUGUGGGUCAGAUAAAGAGUGCAGUCCUCCUCUUCCUCCUCCUGAUCAUCCUGUCCACAGGUUUGCCGGCAGGACGGUGACCAGUGGCAGCUUGGUGCUGGUCACCGUGGCAACCAAAGAGGAAGGAGCCGCCCAGCUGACGGUCAACUGUGAGAAAAUGGUGAUCGGCACGAUGCUGGUGAAAGACAUCCUCCAGGCUCUAACGCAGUGACGUGAACCAGCUCUCCAGCUUUGAACUCCACCCCCACCCGCACUUCAGCCAUCCCUCACAUAUCAUCUAAGACUUGUCAGUGUAGCAUCUCCUGCAAGCCGUGUCAGUGAGGAAGCUUCCACAACAUUUGUUUUGUUAGAAGAGCCCCAAACUUUUAGAAGUUACUCCCAGAGACAGUGAAUGCCACACCCGGACCUGACAAUUAAAACUGAACCUGAAUGUUUUUACUUGACUAUCCAAAAAUACUAAUUUCCGAACGUUUCAGGGGUUUUUUUCUUUCCUUGAGGAGCUAAUUGGAUUUACUGGACUCACAUUUAUUUAAUCAAAAACUUUUUUCUUUAGUAUAAAAUUGAUGUCAGAAUUUGUUUCCUGGAUAAACAUUAAUCGAGGCUGCAGGUUUAUUCUUGGCUUUGGGGAAAAAAACAGUGGCUCUGAAGCAUUCAGCCACAGCCUGUGAUCUUCCCCAGUGGAGGCAGUUGCUCAGUUGUCAUGGACAAAGACUGAAUAAAUUGCAUUUUUCAUCAUUUGUGAAAUCAAAAUAAGCUACAGCGACGACUAGGAUUAGGACAAAGUCAUUCGUGAUAUUCGAAUCCAAUAUGUGAUGCUAGAUUUUUCUGUGCUCUGACCUGGUACACAGUAAAAUCUGGAGUAGGACACAUCUUAAAAGAAAAAUCCAGAAGAAUCUUCAAUCAGUAGCAGAAAAUAACAAAAACAUGUGCAGUAAGAUGUUCACUAGGUUCAGGCUGGCGGCGGUGAAAGAGGUAUUAACACUGUGCAGUAAGAAUAUGUGACUCUUGGCAAUCAGGACACUUUAUUUUCCCAAUAAAGUGGCCCUACACCAUAAACUUUGCUCACUCAAGAUCUCCCUUGAUUUUUUUUUAUUUUUUUUUAAUCUCAGACUAGAUUUAAUCCAUGUGUAGGAAACUGAAAUAAUAAUACAUUUUCAUUGUGACUGCUGGUUUGAUAUAUUUUUUGCUUUUAUUCCAACUUUAUGUAUAUCAGGUAAUGACUAAACCAUCUCUAUGACAAAUGAGCAACGUCAUAUGCUGAGGAAAGACUGGACCUCCACAGGUUUUCGUCAGAACCGAAGGUCUUUCUAUGGUGUUAACAUGAAGAUGUAACAACUUUCAGUUCAUUUUAUUUAUAUAGCUACAAUUCACAACAAAAGUUGCCUCAGUAUGUUUUAUAUUGUAAGAUAAAAAUCUUACAACAAUAUAGAGUAAACCCCAACAAUCAGAUGCCCCCUGUGAGCAAGAAAAACUCCCUUUUCCUCUGGCAGAAUCAGGCUCAAGGAUGGGCAGCCAUCUGCUGCAACUGGUUUGAGGGGCUAUCAAACUGUUUUAAGAUGCAGAGAUACUCUGAGAUACAUGAAAUGGGUAAAAGACUAUCAUUAUAUUCCCUCAAAUCAGGUGGCACUGUCACAGUUAUUUAAAUUCAUUACAAGAUACAAGAAGAUAGCUGAUCUAAGACGGCUACCGUUUAACCUCAACUAUGUGAUUUUGGUAUACUAUUAAUGAACAACUCCCCAGAGUUUUAUCUCAUAAUUGGUGAUUUUUAGCAUGUGGUUAGCUGUCAAAGUGCACAUGUUCAUCACAGUAAGUGGGGCACUGAUAAAAGCUGAAACGUAUACAUGCUGUUUUAUUGCAACAUGUAAUGCAGUACAACUGUAAGGUGUGGUGUGUGUCUGUGUGUGGAGGUGAUGACACUGAAUAUCAGCCUAACAAUAUGAAGUAGCGCUUUUCAUUAAAAACUGUAACACUUGACUUGACAUCAUCAUGAAGCACAUUAAAAUCACAAAAAUCAUCAUGCUUGAUAAUACAGAAAUGUUUUUUGGGUUUCUUUUCUCUGAUUUCAAAUUUCUGUGAAUUAAACCCAGCGUUUAACCCCAACUCCAACCGAAAUACUUAAGAAAUAUCACCAAAUUAUUUUCUUAAUGAUCAUUUUGAUAAAUGAUUUAUCUACUAGUUAUAUUCUCAUAUAAGUGAACUGUGAUUUGGACUCUUAAAAAACAGGAUUUUCGCCCACUAAAUUCUCAACCGAGUCUCGUAGACAAGCGUUUACUGCAAGUCAUUCUGCAUGGGUUCAAUGAGGUGGUAGUUUUGGUGUCUUCUGUUUGUUUAUGUGCAUAAAGGAAGUAAUAUAUUGACCAUAGAGCUGUAGCAUAUUUUUCUAAUUUUUGUUAGCUUCCGAGAAGGCAAAGCUAGCAGUUUUCUUCGGUUUCUGUGUCAAGCUAACGGGUUGCUAGCUGUAGCUAUAGAGUUAGCUUGCUUAAAUGAGACUUAACUGACUUUUGGCAACAUAGCAAAGAUAAAUCUUUGUCAAAAAUAUAAAAGCAUUCAUUUAGAUUUCUAUUUUCAGAAAACUCAGCCUAUAUUUACUAGUAAAUAACACAAUGAAGCUUUGAAGUGAAAGGUUCGCAAAAGCUUAUAACAAAACUCAACCCAUUCAGCUUUCCAUAAAGUUGAUUUAGUAAAGAAACAUUUAGAUUAUGUUUGAGUAUGUGCUGAAGAUAAUGUGCGUGAUUUUCAAGUUAAGUGUUGCUUUUCAUCUCAGUGGUCAGGCUGGUUUCGUGGCUAAUUACAUUUGAUGCCCCUUUUUUUUCUUUUAAUAUCCUCAUCUGUGCUGCAGACGCAUGUUUCUUAACUCUAGCAGUAUCUGUGUACUUCUUUUUACUGUUGGAAACUGUCAUGUAAUCUCCCAAAGCUACAGCAGUAGUGAACAGACUUUAUUUUGGCCUUUAACGUACCUCUCGCAUUGUCUGUUGUUUGCCCGUUCGCUCCAGCAGCCAUGAUGAUAAAGGUAAACAAUAAGAAAGUCUACUUUCAAAAGUAAAAAUACAGAAAAGCGUGAACUCUAUUCUCCAAAUCAAGCGUAGGGCCACCUGUUUCAUCUGCUUUCAAAAUAUCCAAAGUACAGCUCCUCAUACCCGUGUGUGGUUGUGAAAUGUGGUCCUGAGGUAUUACAAGUAUAUUUAUUAUACAAAUAAAAGUACAGAUAUGGUGUUG